AUGAAUAGGCGAAAUUCCAGUAAUAAUCUUCUUGCUUGGGAGAAGGAUCGUGAAGAAUUGAAGACGAAGAUCGCUCAUUUUAUUCUCAUCAGUAGUGUUAUGCAGAAUAAAGCCACUCAGCUUCUAGAGUUAAUAAAGAAAAUGGAGGAUCACUCUGGUAUAUUCCUGCGCGAAUACGAUGAAGUUUCAAAUGACAUCAACUCAGUUCAAGCCAUUAUAGUGAAAUAUUCUAUAGAAUUAGAAGAACUGGAAGCCACUAUUGAAAAGUAUAAAAGCGAGAAUAUUAUGGCCUCAUCUUCGAGAAACAAAUCUUGCGCUAAUAAUUCAAUCAAUAACGAUUCAAUUUCCACUCUCACUCCUCCGAAAUAUCGACUCCCAUUUCACAAGUGUCAACUACGAGCUCAUCUUCCUGACAACCAAUUCACGGUUGUUGAAGUUCGUCCUGGACAGACUAUUCGCCAAGUUCUUGAGAAAAAGCUCUCUCACCGGCGCUAUCGAAUUGAGGACCUCUCGGCUUACAGUGAGGGUUCGGGAAAUCUCGUGAUGUGGGAUGCUGAUGCUGCGGGAGUGGCUCUAGUAUCGGGUGAUUUGGUUAUCGAAUUCAACGAUGAACAGACCCAUCGACGCCCCAAGCAUGAGUUCCAGCGUCGACGAUUCUUUGAAACUCAAGUCUGCUCGGAUUGUCUGAAGUUUGUCUUCUUUGGUGUCACUUGCAAGACUUGUGGUCUGACUUUCCAUCAAAGAUGUGUAUCGAGGUUGGAGAAACACUACCUUCAUCCUACGGAAGAUGACAAUUUCAUUGAAAUUCAACGGUUGGGCAAACAGAUUCCGGAGAACAUUGUUCUUUUCCUCUUUGUGCGCUUUCAAUCACUCCCCCCCACCCCAUCAUCCGGCUUUUAUGAACGCCUAAGGAAUAGGGAUUCAGUUAAACCAGAUUGUACUGUCGAUGCCAUUCAACCCCCGGAUAUUCAUUAUUGA